UACCCACAAGUCCUCACGGUGACGUAGACGUAAACACGACAUCCACCAAGAUGGUGCUCGAAAGUACUAUGGUCUGUGUGGACAACAGUGAGUACAUGCGAAAUGGAGACUUUCUGCCUACCAGGCUGCAGGCCCAGCAGGAUGCAGUUAAUAUUGUGUGUCACUCUAAGACCCGCAGUAACCCUGAAAACAAUGUGGGCCUCAUCACUAUGGCAAACAAUUGUGAGGUGCUAACCACACUGACUCCAGAUACAGGGAGGAUACUGUCCAAGCUGCAUGCUGUGCAGCCUCGAGGAAAUAUUAGCUUCUGCACCGGGAUCAGGGUGGCACAUUUGGCGCUAAAACACAGACAGGGCAAAAACCACAAGAUGCGCAUUAUUGUAUUUGUUGGCAGCCCAGUGGAGGACAAUGAAAAAGAACUGGUCAAAAUGGCAAAGCGUCUAAAGAAAGAAAAAGUCAAUGUGGAUAUUAUUAACUUUGGAGAAGAGGAGAAGAACACAGAGAAGCUGACAGCCUUCAUCAACACACUUAAUGGCAAAGAGGGAGCAGGCUCUCACCUGGUUACAGUACCUCCAGGACCUAGCUUGGCUGACGCUCUGCUGUCCUCACCCAUAUUGGCAGGAGAAGGAGGGGCUGUAUUGGGUCUGGGAGCCGGUGACUUUGAGUUUGGAGUGGAUCCCAGUGCAGAUCCUGAGCUAGCUCUGGCUCUGCGUGUGUCCAUGGAGGAGCAGCGACAACGACAGGAGGAUGAAGCUCGAAGAGCUGCUGUUGCAUCAGCAGCUGAAGCCAGCAUUUCCUCUUCUGCUGCAGAUGAGUCUGAGGAUGCCUUGUUGAAGAUGUCUGCCCCACGUACAGACUCAGACACACCUGCCCUACCAGACUUCAGUCGCAUGACAGAGGAUGAACAGAUCGCCUACGCUCUGCAGAUGUCCAUGCAGGGUGCUGGAGCAGAGUUUGGGGCCGAGGACAUGGACACAGGUGCUGACAUGGAUGCUGUUGAAGCUAAGGAUGAAGAGGAUUAUGAUGUAAUGCAAGAUCCAGAGUUUCUACAGAGCGUUUUGGAAAACCUCCCUGGAGUUGACCCAAAUAAUGAGGCCAUCCGUAAUGCCAUGGGCUCUCUAGCUUCCCAGACGGGCACUAAACCCGACACCAAGAAGGAUGAGGAGAAAAAGAAGUGAACCCCAGAAAGAAAAGCCUGAUAUACAAGAUGAUGAAAUAAAGAGAGCUGAGAAUUGCACUGCAUGUGUUCACAUGUUGUUUACAGUGAUGAUACAACUCUCCUCAGAAAAGGACAUAUUUUGUUCAGAUCUUUUUUUUUGUUUGUUUUUUAGUACCUAUUUACAUCCUUACAGUUUGUCAAGCACUUGUGCUUAAGUUGGGAUCUUCUGUAAUAUAAAGACUUCACUCCAAACUCCAGCACGGAUGGUUUCUUCAAUAAAUUUACAGAAUCAA